GCGUAGACUUCCGCUUGUAUUCCUUCAUUCAGGUCGGUUAACUGUCAGCAGAAAGUUAUCAUCAUCAUCAUUACCAUCCUCCGAGCCACAAUUAAACUAGUUCCACUCCUGAAGCUGGAAAUCGUCUGGACCAUCCUGAGGCGCACUUCUCCUCUUCCAUCCACCUCCUUCCUCCCGCAUGCUGAUCUAACAUGCUGCCUCUCAGGAUGUCGCAUAUCCUCAUGCUCAUGUUUUCACUUUGCGAUGCGGAUGUUACCUGCCCAGCUGACCAAUUCAUCCUGAAUCCCCCUGAGGUUAUAGCAGAAUAUGGACAGGAGGUCGUGGUAAACUGCACCAGCACAGACGAUGAUUUUGACGAGAUAUACUGGAGGGAUGGAACCAGACAGUCUGAAAAGAACACUGACGGUUCUUCUAUUUCCUGGACCCUGCACCUGUCAGACUGGAACAUAAAGCCCAAGUGCAUAAUAAAGCUGAAUGAGUCAUUUGAAUGCAGUAAAGACCUUGGAAUGACCAUAUUCAAGAAUCCAGACACGGUUGUCCUGUAUCCUAUAAAGCAUGUAAAAACUACGGUGGAAGGGACACAGUAUGAGCUGCAGUGUGAUGUCAUCGAUGUGGCUCCUGUUCAGAACCUCACUUUGACGUGGUACAGAGACAAUCAAGCGAUCAAGACAGAGUCUUUCACCAACACAAGCACAACACCAGUGAGCGAGUCGUCUAUUUUGACAGUCAGCGUCAACAGAGAAGACAACAAAGCUCAGUUUAGAUGUGAGGCUAAGUUGGACUUUACACCACGUGGACCAAAACUUCUCGCCUUUUUCGACACACACAGUCUUUUUGUGCAUUAUGCUCCUGAGCUCAACAGCAACACCAGUAAUGUUUUCUACGUGGGAGUGGGUGACAGUGUCGCCCUGAGCUGUGGCGCUGAGGGUAACCCUGCUCCUCAGUUUCACUGGACCCGUGAUGGGGUGAACAUGACGGAGCUCACGGGCAAUCUCAACGUCACGCACGUAAACACCACCGCAACCUACACCUGCACAGCUACCAAUGACCUGGGAAGAAUAACUAGGCACAUCAGUGUUCAUGUGAUAAAAGAUGUCAUGGCAGCGCCUGCUGUGGCCACGCCCACGCCCAGGCCCACGCCCGAGGCACGAAAGGUUUGCCCCCCAACACUGACGCCUGCUGAAGUCGUGGUGAGAUUUGGAGAUCCGGCCUCCGUUAAUUGCAGCACAUCAGCUACAGAUGUUUUAGGGAUGGGCUGGGAGGCUCCGAUUGGAGGCACUGGGUUUGUAGACCCACCAACUGUCACCUGGACCGUGGAAAGACUACAAGACUGGAGCAUAAAUCCCAAAUGCUACAUUACUCUGAAAAAUAAUCAUCAGUGUGAUGCAAUGCCAGCCAUCACGCUUUAUAAGACGCCAGACAUUGUGUCGGUCUCUGCGUUGGCUCGUGGGCCGAUGGUUGAGGGCAUCGAGCACCUGCUCCAAUGUGACAUCAUCAACGUGGCUCCCGUGCAGAAGCUCACAGUGACGUGGUACCGAGGCCACGAAAACGUGAGCACACAAAGGUUCAAUGACACCCUUGUGACCCCAGGCAAUGUGUCGUCCACCUUGAGAGUGACUCCUGAGAGAGAGCACAACGGUGCACUGUACAGAUGCAAAACUGAGCUUCACCUCGGACCCAAAGGACCAGAACCCAUGCCGACGAAAUCCUCAGAGCCUUACACCGCUGUUGUGCACUAUAAGCCAAUGAUGCAAGAUUGUCCAACUCAUUACACUGGCGAGGAGCACAAAUUCAGGAUGGACAUGUUGCCCUGUAAAGCUGAUGGGAACCCUCCACCCACUGUUCACUGGUACUAUGAGGGCAAACUGAUCAAUGCAUCUGAGCCUCUCACCAAGGGUCAAUCGGGCAAAUACACAGCAGAAGUCUUUAAUAGCCUCUCCAUGAGCAACAACUCCAUUGAUAUCACCAUCGAAUACAGCCCUUCAUUUGCCUGUGAUGAUCACUAUGAAGUUGAAGAGAAAGGUAAGGUGGGAGUCGAAUGUGAACCAGAGGGAAAGCCUCCUCCCGUCAUCGCCUGGUUUAAAGAUGGAAUAGAGAUUUCUCCACGACACUGGAGACAGCAAGAUAGUGGAAAAUACGUACUAAAAGCGACCAACAAACACGGAACAGCAAACCACACACUACAUCUGGAAGUUCUCUUUGCACCUGAGUUCAAGGAGGGAAAUAACAGCAAGGAGGUGACCCCGGGCGAAAAUGUGACCAUGGACUGCAGUGCUGACGGAAACCCUGAGCCUGAGGUCCUGUGGAGCUACAACGGUGCCGUGAAUGUGAGGGAGACCGCCGGGAGGCGCCAGAGGAGCAUCAUUGUCACAGGAGCCACGUCGACCAAUGCUGGUGUUUACGUCUGUGUUGCCACGAAUAAAGUUGGGAGGGUGUCAAGAUCUGUGACACUGACGAUGACAGAGUUGAGAGGACGAGGCCUGCUGUCAGUCAUUUGGUGGUUGCUGAUUCUGAUUUUCAUCAUCAUCUUCCUUGUCCUUGUGGUCAUUCUUUCCAGAUGUUGGAGAAAACAUGGACAAUACAGCUUUAUCCCUAACAAUGCCAUGGAAGGUUCAGAUAUUCCCUUGACUACAAAGUCUGAUGGGACCAAAAUUUAAGGAUGUUUACUUCUUGCUGAAUAGGUAAGAUUAAACCAGCCCGGGGGCAAGAAUGGCAUGUAAAUACUGUUGUGUUUUUUUGUACUUGGUACCUGGUACUGUCCUGGGCUGUAGAUUAAUACAGAUCCUCUUGGCAGAGGUAUUAAAUUAGACCACUUGUUUUCCAAGCAAUGCUGCAGACACUGCAGGUGCAUUAUACGAUUGUUUUUUUUAACCUGUAAGGUUUGUAUCUUGGUUUGUUCCCAGUAAAGUUAUGCCUGUGUCAAA